CGCUGUGCCAACUCAGCCUCUCCAUUCCUUGUCUCCCCCAUAUUUCAUCUUGAUAAUUACAAUUAUGUCUUCUUCAUCUCGUAUCAGUGGCAUCACUGUCCGCUCAUCUGCGCGGAACUUUCAACGAGCUCAACCCCAUUUGCGCCCAAGAUUACAAUACCGCAGUUAUGCUGAUGUAUCUUCUCAAGCAAAAACUGCUGGAGGUGGCGGUAUUGUCGGCGGUCUCAUCGGUGGCGCGACCGUCCUAGUUGCUGGCUAUGGAUACUACCACUUCUCCGGCGCCAAGACUGCUGUGCAGACAAUGUCAAGCGCCAAGGGCUACUUCCAACAGGCCAAGAACAAAGUACAAGAGCAGACGCCAGAGCCGAAUCAGGCAAUUGAGUGGCUGCACAGUACGGCGUUGGCAUAUGCUGGUUUCAUUCCCGGCGCGAAGGGGUACGUGGAUCAAGCUUUCAAGGACGUGGAGAGCAUUCGCAGCAAGCACGGCGAUAAGGUUGAUGGGAUCAUUCGUGAUGGAUAUGAGGAGCUUAAGAAGGUGACCCAGGAGGGAGACAUGUCAAUCGAGACUACUGGCAAGGUGUGGAAUGUCAUUCAGGACAAGCUGCAACAGAUUGGCGAGUUAGCUGGUGAUGCCAUUGAAGACAUCCUCAACAACCAUCCUGACGUAAAAGAGAAGGUCGGUGGCAACAUUGAUCAGCUCAAACAACUCCAGGAACAGUACGGACCCAAAGUAAAAAGCGAGGUCGACAAAACCUGGGAACAGAUUUCAAGCAUCGUGUCCAAGGGUGUCUCAGCCAGCACGGCUUCAGAAAUCCAGAAGGUGGUUCAAGAGAAGGUUGAAUUGAUCAAAAGUAUGGGAGACAAGGCCUAUCAAGAGGGCAAAGAGCAGGUUAAGCCCUACCUCGAAAAAUCUCCAAAGGUGAAGCAGCUCAUUGAGGAAAAUGAAGAAGCACUCAAGCAAGGCAAUAUCAAAGAGCUUUGGGACAAGAUCCGCAAUGCUGUUGAGUCAGGCGACACAGAAGAGAUCGAGAAGUACGUCAAGGACACUGCUGAGAAGGCCAAAGAUCAGGGCCAGAAAUACGGGAUCGACAUCGAGAAGUACCUCCAAAGUUUCGAAAAAUACGUCCCAGGGUCAUCGGAUAUUAUGACAAAGGUACAGCAGCUCCAGAAGGUCGGUAAGGAGCAUGGUGCCGAGGCUGAGAAAAUAUUCAAGAGCGCGAUUGAUGAGAUCAAGCAGGUUUUGAAGAGGAAAACUGAAGAGGCUGAAAAGGUUGCCAAGUCUGCGAAGAAGGAGAGUAAAUGAAUUGUCGAUUAGGAUAUGUACUAUAAAAAAAUGCAUAGCGAUGGGCGUAGAAGUAAAUCAAUCAAGCAUUUGUAGUCGGAUAUCGG